AUGUCAUCGUUUCUCAUCCUUGGACUGUUUGCUCUGUCGGCUGGCAAACAUGUCGUCACCAGUCGGCCUGCGCCAAACAGUGACAAGACGACGUCCCAUAUUCUGUACGGCACGUCAUUGAAGCUCACUGAUCAGACCUUAGUCCCUGCUGAGCUGCGUGUGUGGGCUCUGAAGUCAACGCCCAUUCUGCCUGAUGACACCGUCGUAUUCUUGCUCGCAAAGGCUUGCUCGCCUGCAGAUGCUACUGCUGGCACUGUUCUCCUGGAUUCGUUAGUUAUGCAAGCAUUCCCUGGCGACCCCGACUCCGAAUCUUACGAUGACCAUCUCCCUGACGGUCUCGUUCCCUGGGCAAUUGCGAUCGGCCGUACGCUGUCUCAAACACGACCCUUGGGUGAUGGUGUAUCGAAGGGAUUUGAGAUCACCGUCAGCGAGUACGUUCGAGACGAAGCACGCCAAUCAGGCCUGCAGUGA